UGUAUGUAAAGGCAAUAUUCAACCCUAAAAUGGUUACAUUUUCUCAAUCAUAUUCUCUCCCUUAGGUAGUAGAAGAACACAAUAGUAUAGCCCCCAUUAAAACCUCGCCAUUUAUGUCUGUUGCUUCCGAGAUAUUGUUGAUUUUCUUCACUCACUUGUACACAAAUUGAGUUAGACUUUUCUUAAUCUCUCAGAUCUAGUUUUCCAUGAAACAAUACGUCACCAUUUAUGAGUUUGGUUUUUGGGCUCCAUUAGAGAUUUCUCAUUUUCGAUUAUUGUUAAAUUAUUUAUAUGCUUGAAACUUCUAAAUUUUGUAAAUUGUUUGAGAAAUUUCCGAAUUUUAGGUUUCAAAGUUCUUGAUCUGGGUUUUUUGUUUUCAUUUUUUGAGUUUUGUCCAUUGAUCCCUUCGACGACCGGGUACCCGGUAGUGGAACCGGUUCCCACCGGUUCCGGGACCGGUUCCCACCGGUUCCGGGACCGGUUCCGUUUUUACUAGACCCGUUUAUGAGCGGUACCGGUUCCGGAUCUAAGUUUUAGGACCCGGUCCAAAUCGGUUUCGGGACCGGUUCCUUCAAAUUUGACUGGGUACCCGAUCCCGCUCACCCCUAAUUAUAAUUGUUCGGGCCCCCUGUGGGACCCUUCUUUUUACAUAAAUUACCAAAAUACCCCUCUUAGGGGAAAUUACUCAAAUACCCUCAAACACAAACCUCCUAAUGGGCUCAGAUAAGAACUUAGGGGCCCAUAUCUCAGCCUCCUACAGGCCCAAGGUUUCACACCCCUACACUUGCUCAUAUUUACUAAUAAUGCCAUCCUACAUUACUAUAAAUAUGUCUCACCUAAUCAUUAUUCAGGUAUGUAAUAAUUCCGAAACUCACUCUCUGACUACUUUCUCUCUCUAACAAGGACUGACUUGAGCGUCGGAGAGGGUUUUCUCGGGAACCCCCCCGAGCCAGUUUACGUUUGCUUCCUUUUGUAGGAAAACGACAGCCGAUUGGAGGAAAAUAACAGCCAUGUUGACGAGGCUUCCCCUAUUUUCAUACUUAGCAAUUUCUUCGCAGAAACAGUUGGCACCGUCUGUGGGGAAGUCAACUACAAGCCAUGGUUAACACUCGACGAACCAGGCAACACUCCUCCUCUCAUCGAUCAGAGUCUCAUCCCAAUUACGUGUUAAUGCCUAAUCCGCGGAACGAAGAUGAUCACGAUGUGAUCAGGACCAUGAGAACCAACAACCCCAUGUCGAGGGUCACCCUGAGAACUUGGUCACCAAAAGGGAUCUGGAUCAUAUGGCUGCUCAAGUCAAUGAGGCUAUCCGCAACCUCCAAGGAAUGGGGGGGAGACCUUCAAGGAGACAACCAAACUGCCCUAUCAGCUCAAGGGUGAGCACAGCAUCUCAUACCAUCCAUAUGACACAACCUCGAAAUGUGAAGGACAGGCUAGGUGACAAGGGUGGGGCACAACCUCGCCCUCACCAACCAAGGGCCAGCCAAGAUGCACGCCGAGUAAUUGAAGAACGACAGCUGUAUAGAGGAGACCUUGAUGCUUGAGACCUCUUGCACAGGAGGCGCCUCAAACAAGCCAGAGAAGCCAUCAGGAAUGAUAGGAUCACCCGAGGUCUACCCCCCUCUAGUGCCAAGACUACGGCCUUCGCGCGAGACCACCCCACUCCUUCAAAGCCAGUCGGAUCGAUCGAGGUCAGCUCCCGAAGGACAUCUCGCAUGAGACACUCACCUUCUCCCACAAGGAGACUGUAAUACCUCGUAUUUUUAUAAUAUUUAUAAAUAUAUUUUAUUAUAUUUAUAAAGCAUUUUACGAUUUAUUAUCAUUUAAAUAAUAUUUAAAUGCAUUUCAUUUAAUGUAUUUUAAUUAAUUAGAAUAUUUAUUAUUUUAAUUAAUUACGAAGCGAAUUUAACUCUUGAGUCGGGAAAUUAAAUGAGUUGCAAAUGAUUUUUAAAGCUUCGGGUUUUAAAUAAAAAGUCUAGUUCGUUUUAUUAAUCAAGCCCAAUCCAAACAGUUUAAUUUAAACCCUAAGCUAGCCCAAUUCAUUUAAUUCCUAAGCCCAACUCAAAUACCCUAAGCCUAGCCCAUUAAGGGAUUAGGGAGCCUAUAAAUAGACUCCCCCAUCAUUAAAUGAACCCCUAAAAUUUCAUAAAGCCCCUUUUUGCUUUGCUUGCUCCUCACUCCAUCUCUCCUCUCUCUCUUGCUCGGCACCCGCACGCCCUCAAGGCUCGUGCCCUCGUGCUGCGCCCGCAUGCCGGCACGGCCCCGUUCCCUCGUGCCUGCCCUCGCGCUCGCCCUCUCUCUCUCGCUCGUGCCCUCGCGCACAACGCUGCCCGCUCGCCCUCUCGCUCUCCUUCGCGCCCAGCGCGCGCGCGCCCUCUCUCCUCGCUCGCGCUCGUCGCCCUUGCUGCGCACACGCACGUUUGUGUGUGUGUGUGUGUGUGUGUGUGUGUGUGUUCGUAUUCGAUUUCUUUUUCGCCCAAUCACAAUUAAUUCGUAGUUGUUCCGUGCUAUAGGCCGGAUUGGUAUAAUUCUCUUCUUCCUUACCUAUUCUAUUUAAAUUCCGUAUUUUAAAUUAUUAUAUUAAUAUUGUUUUGAGUAAUUAAGAUGCUGGGAACCGGUUAUGAAUACCGUGGUUUGAGGAUUUGUGUGUUGUGAUUCAUUAGGGUUGUUUUAAUUAUUAAAGGAUGAAUUUUCAGAUUUGUUUAUUUAAUAAAGCAUGGAUUUUUAUGAUAUUAAACUAGUGUUAUUGGGAUUUUCAAGUUAGGGUUUUAACCUAGACCUAAUGAGUCAAUUGAUUAGCAUAAUUAGGUGAUGAUUUUAAUUAUGAUAAUCAAUUAUAUUUUCAGAUUUGAAUAAAGCUUUAAAGUGUCGAUUUUUAUUGAUUUUAAAGGCGGAAAAAGUAUGUUUUCGUAUUAGGGAUUGAUUUUGCAAAUUGAGACGAUUUUGUUAUUGAAAAACGAUUGAAUUCUAAAGUCUGAAGGAGGUUUUAAUUUUUAUAAAGUUGCUGGAAAUUUAAUGAACAUGGAAAUAAUUUAAGUUUCAUUAUUUUGAUGAUAGGAGGUGAUUUCUAGUUGAGUGCUCGUUAUUGCAAAGUGGCCCCUACGCUUAGGUAUUCAAGAAUAAUAUAGCAGGUUGGUAGAUCAAGUACGAUCGAAAUCAUGUGGCUUGGGAUGAUUGAGAGAGUUGCAUGCUUUCGUUCUUUGAAACUAUUUUAUUUAAUAUUUUAAUUAUGUUUGAAAUGUUUGAAUUAUUUAUACUUUGGGUUUUGGGCCAUUAUGGUUCCAAAUUGUAGGAGGCCUCGAUAUUUAUUAAUUAUGUUUUUAAAAAGUUAGUUGACAUUUGAUUCCGCUGCGUAAUUCUGGUAAUAGCCUUAACCGUUAUCACGGUGGCGGUAAUGCUUUAGUAAUUCCUUUAUUUUAAGUUGGAAAUGGUUUUAUAAAAGCAAGGAAUUAUUAGGGUGUUACAGAGACGUCACUCACCCCCUAGCCGGGCUAGAGGCCAUUCCCCCAGGACAAGAGUUUCACUCCCCGAUCAACAGCCAGGGGCUCAUUCAUCCUCUCAUUGCCCUAGGUAUCGUUCACCCUCAAGAAUAGGAAGGAACCCUCCACGCCGUGAGCGAACAUACUCGCCUCUCCUAGAGAGUAGAGGUAGGCAUACCUCCCUAAGGGGAAGAUGGGACUCCCCUCCACCAAGAACUGAUAGGCACAGGCAUACCUCCUCAUUGCAAGAGGCUCUCACUCCCUUCUCCCAAGAAAUAAUGAACACCCCUCGCCGAGACAAAGUGAAGGUCCCUACCAUCGAGCCUUUCGAUGGAAUUAAGGAUCCAGAAGAACACAUGGCCGCCUAUGCGGCUCAAAUGAACGUUCAGACUGGAUGCGGAGCUACUUGGUACAGGUACUUUCCAACCACCUUGAAGGGUCUUGCCCUUAUAUGGUUCAACAAGCACGUACCAAAGGGAAGCAUCAAGAGCUACAAUGAGCUUGAAAAGGUUUUCAUCAGCCAAUUCGCGGCGGGUUGGAGGCACCAAAAGACAAGUGUCAACUUAAUGGCAGUCAGACAGGGAGAGACGGAGACCAUUCGCGAUUAUAUUAAGAGAUUCAAUGAAGAAGUCCUAAAGAUACACAAUCUCAAGGACGAAACCAAAUUCGCAGCCCUCUUGGCAGGUCUUCAGCCAGAUGACUUCAAGUUUGAAUUGAUCAAGUCCGGGGUGUCCAACCUCGAGGAAGCAAUGGAGAAGGCCCAAAUGCACAUUCAAGCCAUAGAUAUUUGUAAGAUCAAUUGGGGUGGUGAGAGUGGAACAAGGCAAAAACAAAAGCCAAGACCAAACGGCAGCCACGAACAAACUCAGCCCUCCCUCAAAAAGUCAGUUAUGGUUGAUGACCAUGGUGAGGAUCCGAGGUACAACCGCAAUAGGCGGGAGAUUUACCUUGAUCUCAAAGGAAAAGACAUCCUCCCUAAUCCACCUGCAAUCCGUACGCCCGAAGCAAAGCGAGAUAAGUCACUUUGGUGUGAGUUUCACCACGAGUGCGGGCACACCACAAAGAACUGUAGGGAGCUGAAAAAGGCGCUGGAUCACUUGGCUGACAAGGGCAAGCUGAAUAAUUACUUAAGGAAGAAUUCUCCCCCAAAAGCAAAAGCCAAAGAAAAGGAGUCCCUUAGUGAUGAUACGGGAGACUACAUUGGAGUGAUAGCCGGAGGCUUGGCAACAGGCGGGUCUGUGAGCAAGGCGAAGGAUAGCUUAUGGGCACUGGAACAUCAAGUCCUAAAAGUGGCAUCGGCUUCUCAAACAGCCCCGGUGAUGACAUUUGGUGGGAACACUAUCCAUCCAAUUCAAGAGUCCCGUGACGAUCCGCUGGUCAUCGAGAUGAAAGUCGCUAACUCAACGAUAGGGCGAGUGUUAGUGGAUAGUGGAUCAUCCGCCGACAUCAUUACUCUAAAGUGUCUAGAAGGGCUCAAGUAUUUCAAAGAUGAUCUGGAAACCAUCUUCCAGCCACUCAUUGGAUUUGGAGGUCAAGCCGUCCAUCCUCAAGGCACCAUCAAGCUACCUGUCAGGUUGGGUCCUAAAAACAAGGGAAGACGGUUGUUGGUAGACUUUCUUGUCGUGGACAUCUACCUACCAUACAACAUCAUCUUAGGCCGACCUCUACUAAGCAAAAUAUAAGCCGCAAUCUCUGUGUACCAACUUCUCAUGCAGUUUGAGUUGGAAGAUGGCUCCGUGGGAAAAAUCUUUGGGGAUCAACAAGUGGACAGGCGAUGCUAUGUUAACAGCCUCAAGAGAGGGACAAGUACCCCCCCAACCACUGGCCAAGAAAGCCAAGCCAGAAGGGACUCGAAACUCCUGAAGGCAAGCCCCUCCCUCGCCCGGGGAACGCCGACAACCUUAGAAGGUUUUUUUUUCAAUCUCCUAAGAAUUUCUCCCUUUCUCAAAAGUACUUAGCUUUAUAGCUCACAGCCAUAGUUUUCAAUGAUGAAAGUGGGGGUAAGAUACAUGUAAGCCCGCCAUAGGCUAAAUAACAUCCCAUCAUUUUAAACAAAGCUUUAUAUCUUCAAGGCAAUAGUAAAGAGCUCGACCAGUAAUAUUACUUAGCAAAUUUCGUUUCUAGAAUGUUGUAAGUAGAAGUCAAACAUUGGCCAUGCAAGCGCAAGACACGUCAAAAGGAAAAGACAAGCCAAGUUCAAGCACAUGAACUCAUACUUAGUGAAAUAAUCUAAGUCAUUUUCUAGAAUGGUGCUUCAUCGUUCGCCCAAGCAUGGGGCUCAUUAGUCCCUUUGGAGAACAACAGCCCAUUCUCAUACUUAGCAAAAUAAUCUAAGUCAUUUCAAGAAUGGCGCAUCAUCGUUCGUCCAAACAUGGGGCUCAUUAGCUCCUUUGGAGAACAACAACCCAUUCUCAUACUUAGCAAAAUAAUCUAAGUCAUUUUCAAGAAUGGCGCAUCAUCGUUCGCCCAAACAUGGGGCUCAUUAGCUCCUUUGGAGAACAACAGCCCAUUCCCAUACUUAGCAAAAUAAUCUAAGUCAUUUUCAAGAAUGGCGCAUCAUCGUUCGCCCAAGCAUGGGGCUCAUUAGCUCCUUUGGAGAACAACAGCCCAUUCCCAUACUUAGCAAAAUAUCUAAGUCAUCUUCAAGAAUGGGGCAUCAUCGUUCGCCCAAGCAUAGGGCUCAUUAACUCCUUUGGAGAACAGCAGCCUAUUCCCAUACUUAGCAAAAGUAUCUAAGUCAUUUUCAAGAAUGGUGCAUCGUCGUUCGCCCAAGCAUGGGGCUCAUUAGCUCCUUUGGAGAACGACAACCUAUUCCCAUACUUAGCAAAAAAAUAAUCUAAGUCAUUUUCAAGAAUGGUGCAUCAUCGUUCACCCAAGCAUGGGGCUCAUUAGCUCCUUUGGAGAACAACAUCCCAUCCCCAUACUUAGCAAAAUAAUCUAAGUCAUUUUUUGUUCGCUCAUGACUUGCACCAACAGCCCAACGUAAGGCCAUCAAGCUAUGAUCAUGAAAUGGCACCAUCAUGUGCAGCAAGUAGAAGCCAUGACACCAUCAUGUGCAGCAAGUAGAAGCCAUGGCACCAUCAUGUGUGGCAAGUAGAAGCCAUGGCACAAUCAUGUGCGGAAAGUAGAAGCCAUGGCACCAUCAAGUGCAGCAAGUAGAAGCCAUGGCACCAUCAUGUGCAACAAGUAGAAGCAAUGGCACCAUCGUGUGCAGCAAGUAGAAGCCAUGGCACCAUCAUGUGUGGCAAGUAGAAGCCAUGGCACAAUCAUGUGCGGAAAGUAGAAGCCAUGGCACCAUCAUGUGUAGCAAGUAUAAGCCAUGGCACCAUCAUGUGCAACAAGUAGAAGCCAUGACACCAUCGUAUGCAGCAAGUAGAAGCCAUGGCACCAUCAUGUGCAGCAAAUUAGAAGCCACCUAGCCUUAGCCUGCUCUCACCUCGCACACAAACCAACCGCCCAAGCUGGAGCUCAGCACGCAAGCCUUGCGCGGAAAACAACCGCCAUACAAGGCCUAGAGCGCGUCGCUAACCUAAUGCCCAGCCAGGGCCAUAUACUUAGGAAAAACCCUAGUCCUUGGAUUAUGAAAAACAACCGCCCAACAUCGGGCUCGGAUUGCUCGCCAUCUCGUCUAUCUCAUGGUGCGAGCAUGGCCUUGACAAUGCGCAUCAAUACCCUCGUACACACAGUGAUCGCACACCCACACGCGGUAAAACCAACAGCCACGCCCGAUUCCAUGGGCAACGAAGAACAGCCCCGCCCGCUCUAACGCGAACAACGCCCAACUCGCUGCGGGCAAGAGCAGCCAUGGACGACGACGACGACGGAUGCAGGCGACGACGAAAAAACAGUCGCCCAGCCCACGGAGAUCGACAGCCAAGCCAAGCCAAGCCACGAGAGCCGUCCACGACAAUGCGGGCAAGUGUAGCCCUGCUCGCCUAACCCGCGUGCCACGCGGGUGUGAUAGCUGCCAAAAAUAACAGCCAAGCCAAGCCACGAGCGAAAAAAUAAUAAUAAUAAUAAAAUAAAAAAACGCCAGCCACCACACAUCAACUUACUCCUUGUCGGUAUGCGGGAAACAACAGCCACAAUGUGUAAGCAUCGAUAGCACGCGAAAACCAUCCGCCAAUUUACCAAGUGCAUCAUCCGCCGAAAAGCAUACAAACAAGCAGACUACUCGCCAACUUCAAUAGUACCCAAGGCAUGUUGAUUAUUGGAGGUUGUUAUACAGUGCAAAUACAUCGCAAAUUCCAAGCAAUUUGCUUGGUUGGAGUAGUCAAGGCAAAGUGGCAUUUAUAAUGGGGCCAAGGUGCCACAUUUCUCCACUAUAAAAUGCAAGGGGAGUGGCGGUUAUUAUUGUGAGUAACAUUCACGUGGACAAAUGAAUACCACUCGCCAUAUUCUAUAACCUACAAAUAUUACUCGCCCCAUUUAUUUGUUCUCCGUACUCUAUAACCCACAAAACAACCGCCCUAUUCUGGUAAACCCACAAAAAAUACUACUCCCUCCAUUUCUAAAUGUUGUAUCCAUUUGGAAUCUUGGGGGGUUUUUAAGAAAAAUAGAAUCUUGGUUUGUAUGGGUAUAAGUGUAAUGAUUGGGUGUAAGAGAAAUGAUUGUGUGUAAGAAUGUGUAAGAGAUUCUUUUUUAAAGAUUAAAGUAAGGAGAGAGAAAAUAUUAAAGAAUUAUGGGAAAGGGGAUAUUUUCAUUUAAUUAAUCAAAAAUCAGAAAAAAUCUGAUUGAAGUGGGGACCAAAGUACAUGAGGUGGAUUUAUUUCAUCCAAUGAGAUUACAGCAACAGAAAAAAAACGGAGGGAAGACUUCCCAAAUUGGGAAAGUCCACUUCCCUUUUUACACUUCCCUCCAAAAACAGAAAUUUAGCAAAAAGUUUUCCCUCCAAACUUUUUCCCUCCAAACUUUCUACAUUUACCACCCUUUAUAAAUAGGGGUCAUUUUCUAC